UCGAGUCGAGUCAAGCCCGAGUCUUUAAAUUUAUUUUAAUUCAACUGCCAUGUUUUUUACCAUCACAACUACUCUCUAUAAAAAGCCUAUUUCUCCUACAAGAUCGCUCAUCAAUUUGUCCACACCACAAAAAAAACCCAACGCUACAUCUUCUACACACAAUACUUCCACCUGCAUUUCUUCUAGAGACCUCCAUAGACUGACUGUCAAUCCACAGCAGCCGUCGAUUUUUCUUGCUUCGACUUCUUGGUCUCAUUGUUUUGGUAUUUUGAAGAAGAAGAAGGAGAUGGUGGCUGUUGAUCAGUACAUUAUUGCCACUUUCUUUGCUUCUCUCGCUGGGUUUCUUCUUCUCUUUCUUUUGCGCCGUAACGGUAAGAAGACGACGAAAAAGGAUGCCGGAACGUACAAGAUCGGGAACGACAUUGUUCAUAGCGCUGUCGGCAACGGAGAUUACUCCUCGCCGGACGGCACUGACGUCAUCAUUGUCGGUGCAGGCGUUGCUGGCGCAGCCUUGGCUCAUACCCUCGGCAAGGAUGGAAAACGGGUUCAUGUUAUAGAAAGAGAUUUGACAGAGCCUGACAGAAUUGUUGGUGAAUUGCUUCAGCCUGGGGGAUACCUGAAACUAAUUGAAUUAGGCCUUGAAGAUUGUGUAGAAGAAAUUGAUGCCCAGAGAGUGCUGGGAUAUGCUCUCUUCAAGGAUGGGAAAAGUGCCAAAUUGUCAUAUCCAUUGGAAAAGUUUCAUGCUGAUGUUGCUGGGAGGAGCUUCCACAAUGGGCGUUUUAUCCAGAGGAUGAGAGAAAAAGCUGCUACUCUUCCCAACGUACGACUAGAGCAAGGAACAGUGACAUCCCUGCUUGAAGAAAAUGGCACAAUAAAAGGGGUUCAGUACAAAACUAAGAAUAGUCAAGAACUUAGAGCAUAUGCUCCUCUUACAAUUGUGUGUGACGGUUGCUUCUCAAAUCUGCGUCGUUCUCUUUGCAAACCAAAGGUUGAUGUGCCCUCUUGUUUUGUGGGUCUAGUGUUAGAGAACUGUCAACUUCCUUUCGAAAACCAUGGGCAUGUCAUUCUAGCAGAUCCUUCCCCCAUAUUAUUUUAUCCAAUCAGUAGUACAGAGAUUCGAUGCUUGGUUGAUGUACCAGGUCAAAAAUUGCCUUCCAUUGGUAAUGGUGAAAUGGCCAAAUAUUUGAAGACCAUGGUAGCACCACAGGUUCCUCCUGAGAUUCGUGAUGCCUUUGUUAACGCAGUUGACAAAGGCAGUAUUAGAACUAUGCCAAAUAGAAGCAUGCCAGCUGAUCCUCAGCCUACUCCUGGAGCUCUUCUAAUGGGUGAUGCUUUCAACAUGCGUCAUCCUUUAACAGGUGGUGGAAUGACUGUGGCAUUAUCUGAUAUUGUUGUGCUUCGGAAUCUUCUUAAGCCCUUGCAAGACUUUCGUGAUGCAGCUGCCCUGAGCAGAUAUCUUGAAUCCUUUUACACCUUACGUAAACCCGUGGCUUCAACAAUAAAUACUCUGGCAGGUGCCCUGUACAAGGUUUUUUCUUCUUCCCCUGACCAAGCAAGGAAGGAAAUGCGCCAAGCAUGUUUUGACUAUUUAAGCCUUGGAGGUGUUUUUUCGAAUGGACCAGUGGCUUUGCUUUCUGGUCUAAACCCUCGCCCUUUGAGUUUAGUUCUCCACUUCUUUGCUGUGGCAAUUUUUGGUGUUGGUCGCUUGCUAGCACCAUUUCCUUCGCCUGAGCGCAUUUGGAUUGGAGCUAGAUUAAUUUCGGGUGCAUCAAGUAUUAUUUUCCCCAUAAUCAAGGCAGAAGGAGUGAGGCAAAUGUUUUUCCCUGCCACUGUUCCAGCUGUUUACAGAGCUCCUCCUGUUGAUUGAUAUAUCAAAUAUUAGAUGGCAGUAAUCUAUGCAAACUGUUCCACUAAAGAAAGACAUUGGAUUUAUUUGGCUAGAAACAAUUCUGUAAUUGUAUGAUAUUAGAUGAUAUUCUUAAGAACAGGUGUUUAGAACGCCUCCCAGACUUUUUGAUGGUGAACAACUUUUAUAUUGAAUUUAUAUUUUUCAAGGAGUC